AUGGCUAAAAUCGCCCCUGCCGACUGGCCCGAUCGGCUCCAGAAAAAGAUAGACGCCAUCGUUCAGGACUUCCGUGAGAAGCGAGAGAUAAGACAGGCUUUUCGAGAAGCUAGACAAGAGCGGCGACGAGAGGAGGAACUCCCCAAAUUUCUAUCAAGUACAUCGCUGUCACCGCAAGAGACACUGGAUAGCGUUUCCAUUAGACCUGUGUGGCGAGAAGGACUUCGAUUCUGGGACUUUACCUCUCAGGACCUGCCUGCUGUCCCUCUGUCAUUAGUUGAAUCUCUAGAGGAGCUAGGGGAAAUGGUGCAAAACUCUCCGGUUAACGAGGCUAUCAUCCGCAUGAAAGUCAACAUCUUCAUCCGAAGUGCCCUAAGACAAGCAGGGUAUAAGCGAGCGCAUCUUCAAACUGAGAGAAGACUUCAAAUAAAUCGAUACAUCAAUACGAAGAUGCACACAAUCACCGGAUUCGCUGAUUAUGCCGUCUGGUAUGGCGACGAUCCUGCCGACGAGUCAACUUCCAUUAUGAUCAUUGAAACAAAGCAAAGUAAAGAAAAUGGCCUUUAUCAGGGUUUGAGCAAUGUGGCCAUGGUUCAUUACCUUCGAAUUAAAGCCGGCCGAAGCAACCGCACGGUGUACGGGGUCUCCGCGGAUGCCAUAGAAUGGCAGUUUGUAAGUCUGGCUGCCGACAGAACAGUGUGA